CUCUCUGUCGUGUAGAGUCUACACAACACAAUCCGACGCUUGUUCAUUAUAGUAGCGGAUUUGAAUGAAUUCAGACCCAUCCGGUUGAUUGCUGAUGAAUUUAAAAUAUUUGUAUAAAAGUUGAUUCAAAGCUAUUUGCCUUCGUUUAUAUACAGUGGAGAAGGUUAUCGGUUUUUAUAAAUUAAUCAAGUGAGAAUUUGUGAAAGCAUAUAUCGUGGAAUAUAAAAGAUAUUUUCCAAUGUAGAAGAAAAACUAUUUUAUGGAAAAUCCCACGCGUUUCAUUGGAGAAUUUCUUUUUUCGCCGACUCCUUCGCAAAAAAUAAAAAUAAGCUUGAAAAGCAAGACUUAAAAGGAAAAAGAGUUUAUAAAACUGUGAACUUAAGAAGUCGUUGAAUUGUGAAUUCAAAAAAGGCUCAUCGAAUAAAUUAUUUUAGAGUAUGUUGAACUUGUAUUCAUAGUGAACUGGAAAUUAUCAUGAAAAUUACAUUGACGAGCUCCACACCUGUGAUUGUGCGUGUAGAAGAAACCUGCAAACUAUAAAAUUUUCAACAGAAAACGCGUUUGACUACAUCAAGCGAAUCAUACAAGCAAGUUCGUAUCGGUCAGUUAAUAACACAAAUAGGAAGCGUAACCAUGGCUGUUGCAUAUCGGACAAAAAUGACAAUUUCACCGACACAAAACACUUGCGAUAACACAAUCAUGCUUAAAAGUGAUCAUUUCUUGAAUGAAUUGAGUCCAACCCAUCUUAGAUAUCCAAACUACAGUAAAAAGAAUGGCAGUGACAUUAGAGUUAUUGACUUAGAGAAGCCAAUGCGAUGUGGGGCUUUUGUUGAUCGAAGUCGCAUCCCACAAUAUACUGAACAAGAUUACAAUCUUCCAGAAACACCACCGUUUAGUUGGCUUUUACGAAAGCCAAAACCUGAAACAACUGUAAAUAAAACUGACGAUGAAAAGUUGUCAAAGUCACUCAACGUUAAUAAUUCUUCACCUAAUAAUAAUAAUAAUAACAACAACAACAAUAAUAACAACAGCAACAGUUUGAAUAAUCGAAUUGCUGAAGCAGCGAAACUUUCAAAUUCACCAAAAGACAACAGUAGUGGAACGUCACCCAAUUCGAUGAAAUCUCGAUGGUCGUUGCGUGAAAAUAAAGAAGACGAUAAGCUUCUUAAAGAGCUGCAUUUUCCAUUUGCCAAUCAAUCACCAAUCGGUGACCUUGCAAAGUUUUAUCGGGAAUGCUUUAACGCACCACCAUUGGAAUCUUUAGCACUCAGCGAUGAUCCAACUUUUGAUGAAGUUGAUAAUGAAAUGAUAGUUGAUGACUUGACGAGACAACUUGAUGAGUUUGAAUUGUCAUUAAGUGAGUUUGAUGGACUGAUAACGUCACUACGUGAUUCAGAGAAUCAGAAAAGUAACAGCUAAAGAAUCCAUUGAACUUGUUGAAGACAAAUAGGAUUCAGUCAUAAAUCAGGUCUCUUAACUUUUAAGUGAAUCAUGUUCCUUAUGUAAACUUCAUAAAUUGACUGCUUGAAUUGACUGAAAAUGAAUAAUUGUUGAAUGUAAACAAUUCAUUUGGUUAACUUUGCUGAAGGAACUGCAAGAAAAAUGCUUGAAAUGCUUUCAGAUGUCAUGUCAGAAUUACAAAUAAAAAGCUUGAUUAGCUAAGAUUGGUGGACAGGAAGAUGAUGGUGGCGGCAAAAGUUUGUUUUAUUUCUCAAUUCAGAUUAAAUAAAGUUAAAGCUCUAGUAAAUAAGAAUCGAGAUGCCAAGUAUAGCUGAUAAUUAUUAAAAUUAAGAUGAAAGUUUCUUUUUAUACAAAUAUAAAUAGAAAAAAUGAUACAAGAACAGAAAUUAAUGUUGUUGCAAUCUAAGAGAAAUGAAGAUUUCUUCAAUUGCUUUAAAACUGCUUCAAAGCAUUCAUUCAAGUUUCCUUUCAUGUUUCUUAGAAAAGAUUAUUUGUGAAUGUAAGAAAAAUUCUUUUUAAAAGUAAUUUAAGCUUAUUGACGACAUUCAAGUAAUUCCUUAUUUUUUUAUUCUGUUGACAUUUGAAGAAAAUCGUACUUUGAAUACAAAAAGAAAUUGUUUUUGAAUGGUAAUAGCCAAAAAUUAUCAAAUUCUACUUGCUUUAAAAUGAAAAGAAUUUAAAAAAUUCUUGGAAUUCAAUAUAAACCAGUUGCUCACAAUUUUUUUUUGUAAAUCAACUCAAAGUUGAAUUUUAUUUCGUUAGAUAAUCAAAACUUGUUUUAAUGUAUUGUUAAGGAAUUAAAUUGAGUUUAAAGCCGCGGAUUCUUAUGAUUUUUCAAAUUUAAUGAUAUGUUUAGCUUCAAUCUAUGAUUAAGAGAACAAUAGACAGAAAAUUAUCACUUAAUUAUUUAUUAGAUGCUUUUGAUUACCUUUAUCAAUAAAUUUCAUACUUUUUUCUUUUGGUGAUACUAGCAAAACUUUCUCCUAUCAAUGUUUAUUAACUUUUUUUUACUUAUGAAACAUGAGACUGAAAGCUUUAAAACUGCGUCAACAAAAUAAGUAAAUAUAUUUGUUUUCGUUCUGAUUCUGAGAAAAAAAAAGUUUUUAAUGAAAAGAAAUUGCUUUCUAGCUUAUCGGCUUAUAAAAAGAAAAGAAAAAUAUUUAUAACAGUUUUCACAAACUUUAUAUAAUAAAUACAGCAAAUGAAGAAAAA